AUUUUAUGGUUGUCGAUCGUACAGUGUUUUUCAGAAUAAAAAAAAAAUCAUACAUACAUUAUGCAAAAUAUCGCAAUUUUUUGUAUAGCAGUAAUUAUCUUGAAAACAUCUUUGGUCACACAAGGUUUCCCGACACCACCGGGUGCAGAAGUUUCGAAUGUUACAAAAGAUGAAAGUGAUCCGAAGACCACAGAAGAUGGAGUUGGUUCGAACGCAUCGAAAGGUUGUGGGCCAAAAAUGAAAAAAGGUGCCAAAUGCGUGGGUAUGGCCGCGAAACAGGGUUGUAUUUGCUUUGUAGACUGCCUAGCUUGUCUGUUUGCUGACCCUCAUGCGAGACAUACAAGUGGCGGUGUUUGUAGUACACCUUGGGCAGGACCUUGUCGUCCUUAAUCAUACGAAAAGAUCCAAACAUAUUGCAGAAUUAUAUAAUUGCUUGUGAAUACAUUUAAAUGUGCACAAUUCAUUUGUCAUUUGUAUAAACUUAU